AUGAGGGUUGGCCAGUUUCAAGAAGCUGCUAGGAUUGUAGAACGUACCUCCGAGAGCGUCUUCUUUCCACGAUGUUUCAAUCCAUGGGAGUACGAGGGCCUGUACAUACCGUCUUGGGACGAGUCAACAGGCAGCUCGUUAGAAAACGUCUCAAGCUCGUCAGAAUGUAGCUCACAAGGCGGAUGCGAAGAGGGCAUAUGA